UGGUUCUUGGCUGGUGCAAGCUUCCUUUGCCUAUCCAGCGGUGACCUUACCUAACCUCUGCCGCUCAGAGCAGAAUCUUACCCACCUGGUUGGCAAAACCUUAGGAGUGAGCUCAGAUGAGCAAAGAACUGGUUAGGUUUGGAAAAAGAAUACAUGGAAGGCCCCGGGAGUUUAGUAUCCUUGAUUGAGGUUUUGAUUGAAAGGGUCCCUCUGACUGCCCAAAAGGGGGGGCCAUUCCUUUCCUCUUCUCCCAGGUGUUCAAAGGCUCACCCAGACCCUUUCCAGGAAAAUACACACACACACACACACACACACACACCCAUACAUAUAAUUUAUGUAUAUAAUUGAGACAGAUUCUCACUAAGUUGCUGAAGUUGGUCUUCAAACUUGCGAUUCUCCUAUCUCAGCCUCCUAAGUCACUGGAAGUUACUGGUGUGCAACACCAUGCCUGGUCCUUCCAGAUCUUGAAGCCCUUUGCAGACAAAAUGCCUUUGUUGUGAGACCUCAGAUCCGACAAGGAGUAGAAUCCUAGAAGGCUGCCCAGAGGCUCUGAUCUCCAGAUCCUGCCUCCGUACUCACCCCGUCUGUUCUUUCUGCCUCACAUCUUCCCUCCUCAGUGUCCUUAGAGCAGGUCUGUGCUGGUGAGUCCCUUGCCCCAGUGCCAGAGGAAGGGACCAGGCAAGUAGAAAAUUCAGAGUCCCAGCUGGGUGCCGUGGUGCACACCUGUAAUCCCAGCCGCUUGGGAGGCUGAGGCAGGAGGAUCGAAAGUUCAAAGGCAACCUUAGCAACUUAGCGAGGCCCUAAACAACUCAGCAAGACCUGUCUCUAAAUAAAAUAUAUUUUUUUUAAAUGGCAGGGGAUGUCAUUCAGGGGUUAAGUGCCCUGGGUUCUAUUCCCAGUACCAAAAAAAAUAGAGUCCAGCUCCACCCUGGGUGAGAAAUACUGCCCAUCCCAGGCCCUGGCUGUGAGGGAGGGGCAGAAGUCUCUGGCCAAGAUGCAGCUCCCACAGCUGUGCUCUGCACCUGGGUGGCUGGCAUUCCACCAGCCCCUGCCCCUUAUUGCAACAACCCUUCUCUGGUCCUCCGGCAGACUCCUACCAGGGCCUCUGAAGGAAAAGUAGGCCACCAAGUGGGUUUCUGCUUCCCAAGGAGCUGUCUCUCUCCCACUGAUGGCUGCCCCACCUCUCCCCAUGGCUGGGGCAGGAGCUAAGCAGUGCACACUCAGCUUUCAGCAGCCUCUGUCCAAAGACCCUGUCCCCAGCUUCCCUACUGUUACCCCUUAGAGUUGUCUCUCCCCUUGUGGGAGCCCAGGCUGAGGGCAGACACCCAACCUGUCCAACCUGUCUGACGUCACCCUCUCUCCACCCACCUGGGCCCCAGGUCUCCAGCGCCCGCUCUUCCUGUUCUCAGCUUCCGUCUUCUCGGUUUCCACCCAGCACCCCACCUGCCAGAACCCAGCCUCCCUGGACCUGGCUGGCUUUGAGUUGGUCCUCAGUCCCUUUGGCUGUAGAAACCAUCCUGCCCCCAAUGAGAAGAGAAGUGGGUCCAGGUCUCUUGAGAGCUGAGCGUUCAGGGCAUUGAGCUGACGCACACACUGUGACCUCUGCCACCGAAGACAUCUGCACCUUCCAUGCGGAGCCGAGAUGGGGAAUGGGACCGAGGAAGAUUAUAACUUUGUUUUCAAAGUGGUACUGAUCGGCGAGUCAGGCGUGGGGAAGACCAACCUGCUGUCCCGAUUCACGCGCAACGAGUUCAAUCACGACAGCCGGACCACCAUCGGGGUGGAGUUCUCCACGCGCACGGUCAUGUUGGGCACUGCAGCUGUCAAGGCUCAGAUCUGGGACACAGCUGGCCUGGAGCGAUACCGAGCCAUCACCUCGGCGUACUAUCGUGGAGCAGUGGGGGCCCUUCUGGUGUUCGACCUGACCAAGCACCAGACCUAUGCUGUCGUGGAGCGCUGGCUGAAGGAGCUCUAUGACCAUGCUGAGGCCACUAUUGUUGUCAUGCUUGUGGGGAACAAAAGUGACCUCAGCCAGGCCCGGGAAGUGCCCACUGAUGAGGCCCGCAUGUUCGCUGAAAACAAUGGGCUGCUAUUCCUGGAGACCUCAGCCCUGGACUCCACCAAUGUCGAACUGGCCUUUGAGACUGUCCUCAAAGAGAUCUUUGCCAAGGUGUCCAAGCAGAGGCAGAAUAGCACCCGGACCAAUGCCAUCACCCUGGGCAGUGCCCAGGCUGGGCAGGAGCCUGGCCCUGGGCAGAAGAGGGCCUGUUGCAUCAGCCUCUGACCUUGGCCAUGACCAACCCUGCCCCCCACCCCCAUGCUUCCUGAAGCUCCCCACCCCACCCCCAUUGCAGGACUCUUGCCCUUUGGUUCACAGCCCCCCAGAGCCCUGGGGUCUUCAUGCCCCUCCAUGCGUAUCUUUAUGAACUAUCUACCCCACAUAGGCUAGGACCCUCAAAUAAAUCUGUUUUGUAUCAA